UUGGGAAUGCAAAAUUAUAUUUAUCUUAUUUUCUAGAAGGAAAGCUCAAGUACAUCGUAUAUUAGUCAAUACUUUGUACAUAAUCAUUCUAGUAUUCUAUCGAGAAUGUUGCCUGAAAAGCAAUGAUUUUAAUUCUUACUUCAAGCCGUUUUUCUUUUAUUACAGGUCUCGGAUACAGUUACGUCCACGAUGUGCGAGUGCAGUGAAGAGUUCUGUUUCAUUCUAGUGAGGGACGUAUUGCGAGUGUUGUGAGUGCUGUGUGUCGAAAAUGACUUCUUAUACGGAUAGUUUUAACGACACGGUCGUACGGGCCUACGAUGAGGAGUUUCCGCUCCUUAUGCCCAAGUGGGGCUACGUGGUGUCCGCUUUCGUGUUGUUCCUCAUUGGAUUCUUUGGAUUCUUCCUCAAUUUGAUGGUGAUUCUUCUCAUGUUCAAAGAUCGACAGUUAUGGACGCCGCUGAACAUCAUCCUCUUCAACCUGGUGUGCUCUGACUUCUCGGUGUCGGUCUUGGGCAACCCCUUCACCCUCAUCUCAGCGCUGUUCCACCGGUGGGUGUUCGGACACACCAUGUGCGUGCUCUACGGGUUCUUCAUGGCUUUACUCGGAAUAACAUCUAUAACGACGUUGACGGUGAUAUCGUUCGAGCGGUACUUGCUGGUCACACGACCCCUGAGCUCGAGGCACUUGAGCUCCAAGGGGGCAAUGCUGUCGAUCCUCUUUAUAUGGACCUACUCGUUGGCUCUGACCACCCCCCCACUCCUGGGAUGGGGGAACUAUGUGAAUGAAGCCGCUAAUAUAAGUUGUUCGGUGAACUGGCACGAACAGUCCAUGAACACACUGACAUACAUCAUGUUUCUGUUCGCGAUGGGCCAGAUUGUUCCGCUGGGAAUAAUCACAUUCAGCUACGUUAACAUCAUCAGAACAUUAAAGAAGAACGCCCAAAGAUUGGGUCGUGUCAGUCGAGCGGAGACAAGAGCGACUUCAAUGGUGUUCAUUAUGAUCGUGGCGUUUACGGUUGCCUGGACACCAUACUCCGUAUUUGCCUUGAUGGAGCAGUUUGCUACUGAGGGCAUAAUUUCACCGGGAGCGGGUGUAAUUCCAGCGUUGGUGGCGAAGAGUUCCAUUUGCUACGAUCCUCUUAUCUACGUCGGCAUGAAUACACAAGUGAGUUCUUGUUUCUUGUAGAUUUUUUAUAUAAAACUAGAGAGGCCACGUCACUUUGUUUGUGUAAAAUAUAUCCUCCGAAGUCCACUUCCUCUUUAUCUCCAAAUUAGAAUUCAUAAAAAUUGGCUAGCAUAUUUACACAUUAAAGAAGAAGUAUUAGAAAGUAACUCUACUUUCGAAUUUUGUUACAGGUAGAGCCUAUUAAAGCAAAGUAGUAAUUAUACCUCUCACACAAAACGUCGAAAUUAAUAAUAUAAUAAAUAAAUAAAUAUUUCUUCCAACACUCACAUCAAUUAGCCUAGCCCCAAAGUAAG